AUGACCUCUGACCUCUGGACCGACGCUCACCAGGCGUCUCCCCGUGAGGACGGACGUAAUGGAGGCGUGUUUAAUGCGAAUGGAGGCGUGUUUAAUGCGAAUGGAGGCGUGUUUAAUACGAAUGGAGGCGUGUUUAAUGCGAAUGGAGGCGUGUUUAAUACGGUUGGAGGCGUGUUAAAUGCGAAUGGAGGCGUGUUUAAUGGCGUGUUUAAUGCGAAUGGAGGCGUGUUUAAUGGCGUGUUUAAUGCGAAUGGAGGCGUGUUUAAUGCGAAUGGAGGCGUGUUUAAUGCGAAUGGAGGCGUGUUUAAUGCGAAUGGAGGCGUGUUUAAUACGGUUGGAGGCGUGUUUAAUGCGAAUGGAGGCGUGUUUAAUACGAUAGGAGGCGUGUUUAAUGCGGUUGGAGGCGUGUUUAAUGCAAAUGGAGGCGUGUUAAAUGCGAAUGGAGGCGUGUUUAAUACGAAAGGAGGCGUGUUUAAUGCAAAUGGAGGCGUGUUUAAUACGAAAGGAGGCGUGUUUAAUACGGUUGGAGGCGUGUUUAAUGCAAAUGGAGGCGUGUUUAAUACGGUUGGAGGCGUGUUAAAUGCGAAUGGAGGCGUGUUUAAUACGAAAGGAGGCGUGUUUAAUACGAUAGGAGGCGUGUUUAAUACGAAAGGAGGCGUGUUUAAUACGGUUGGAGGCGUGUUUAAUGCAAAUGGAGGCGUGUUAAAUGCGAAUGGAGGCGUGUUUAAUACGAAAGGAGGCGUGUUUAAUGCAAAUGGAGGCGUGUUUAAUACGAAAGGAGGCGUGUUUAAUACGGUUGGAGGCGUGUUUAAUGCAAAUGGAGGCGUGUUUAAUACGGUUGGAGGCGUGUUAAAUGCGAAUGGAGGCGUGUUUAAUACGAAAGGAGGCGUGUUUAAUACGAUAGGAGGCGUGUUUAAUACGAAAGGAGGCGUGUUUAAUACGGUUGGAGGCGUGUCUAAUACAAAUGGAGGCGUCUCCUUUUAGUCAAAGUGCCAAUCAUGAUUGUUUUGUUCCCGUUAACCACAGAGUUGCUUUGCGUCUUGUUUUUUGCACAUAACCAAACUUUAUUCCUUAUUAUUUUUGUGUUAUUGAAACCGUCUCCUGGAGGACGAGGACCUGAAGGCGCCCGCGAGCGCCGCGUCGUUGCUGUUAUUAAAGUUUUGACUUUCACGAACACUACAUGAAGAAUAUAAAUGUCACUCGGCUGCUGCUUCGACAACGACAAUAUAACGUGAUUGUUUUCUGGAGUUUUAUUAAACUUGUUAAAUAUGAA